UUCACUAUUUUCCUUCCUGAAUUUAUGAAUAUACCAUAGUUUUAACAUAGCAGUAGGUAUGGUCCCUUUGCACUUUAUUUUUAAGAAGGGCCGUGUGAAGUAGGUUAAGGUGAAAGUAAACAAAUUUCGCUUUCCUCCGGUUAUAGAUUAAGUUUUUAAAAAAAACCACCAUAGGAAAACUCGUCAGCAAAGCUUCCCCACUGAGGAGUUCGGUAAAUUCUUAUUUUUAGAAAGGCCUCCAAACGGAGGGGGGGUGGCGUUUGAAGGGAGGAGAAAACCCUUAUAAGCCCUGCGAAAACAGGAAGGGAGCGGAGGGAAGGCACAGCAAUCGGGAAGCGGGGGUGGGUUUGCGUGCGUGGGGUUUGGGAUUCCCUUUCUCCGCCGGCCCAGCCAAGGCGGGCAGUUGUUGUCCGCUUCCGUCUCGCUUCGCUUAGUCCGGGCCUGACCUUCCUGGAGGCGGACGGGCAGACUCCGUGCGAGCCCUGCGGCUGCUUGGAGAAGCUUCCGUGGCUACUUUGGAGGAACUUUUGUGGGGAAGGCCUCGUCAUGGCUUCUAGGCUGCACCACGGAAGAGAUGCGCUGCCAGGGUGCUUAGGCCGAAUCGAUGCCCUGUACCAGAAGCUGAGCCAGUUUCCCUCUGCAGUUUAUGCCAGUGUAGGAGCUGGAUUUGCUGCACGUGGCGCUGCCAAAUGCCUGCCUCUUUACACGGAGUGGUGCCAGCCUGAUCUGAGGUGCCAUCAGCAGCUGUGGUUCAGUCGCCAGUAUAUCCUGCAUCAUGAUGGCACUGCAGUUGUCUCAGUUACUCCUGUUGGUGUGGCAGCUGAGAUCCGAGACCAGCUGCUUGUCAGAAUGUCACCUUCCGGGAGGCAUAAGGCUGUUUUCACCUACCACUUGGAAAAGGGACAGAGACAAGAGGUGCUGGAGGUCUGGAGCCACAUUGGAAGGGUGAAAAAUAUCAACCUCACCGCUCUGGAUAAACAUGGCAGAGUAUAUACGGAUGAGCAAUUUGGCUGUUUUUCCUGGUCCAGCUCAGAAACACAGAUCCUGUAUGUUGCUGAGAGAAGAUGCCUCACAACACAGGUACUUUUCCCUCAGGACAGAUCUGCCAAAGGAGAGAAGCCAAAUGAAGCAGGAAGGGAAGAGAAGUUCAUGUACUAUGAUAAUUGGGGAGAGGCACUAGGCGAUAAGAGCGUUCCUGUCCUGUGUGUGCUGAACCUUGAAACCGGUGAAGUUUCAGUCCUAGAGGGCAUCCCAGGGCACAUUUCCCCCGGGCAGGCCUUGUGGUCCCCAGAUGACAAGAGUAUAGUGUUCGUUGGCUGGUGGCAUGAGCCUUUCAGACUGGGAUUGAACGCUUGCUCCAACAGAAGAUCAGCCCUAUUUCUCUUGGAUCUCUCUGAACACAGCUGUGAGCGACUGUCUUCAGAUUACCAAGCUGUUUCUUCUCCUCGACUCAGCCCUGAUGGAACAUACCUGAUAUAUUUGGAGGGCCCGGUAUUUGGGCCUCAUCACCAGUGCCUGAAACUACAGAUGCUCAAUUGGCAAACAAAGUGUGUAUCUACAGUGGUGGAGGUAGUCCAGACUCCCACAGCUGGUUUCUUUGGGAUUUACUCAGGAGCAGUACCGCUCCUUUGCUGGGCACCAGACAACAAAAGAAUCAUUCUUAACACUCCUCAGAGGAGCAGGAAGGAGCUGCUGGUUGUGGACACUCACCUGGGGAGUGUGACACCGAUUACAGCAGAAAUGCCAGAAGGUAGCUGGACUGUUCUGGGAAUUCAGCAGGAUCUCCUGGUGGCGAGCUGUUCAUCUCCCAAUUGCCCCCCAAGCCUGAAGGUGGCUGUGCUUCCCCCUGCUGGAAGAGAGUUGAAACUACAGUGGGUGACUGUGGAGGAAGCCUCUAUAGUGCCAGAUGUGGAAUGGAAGAUCCUCACAGUGUAUCCUCCAGUGUCUGAGGAGGGCAUCCCAGCCACUGACCAGACAUUUGAAGCCCUAUUGCUGAGGCCUCAAGGAAGCAAGCAAAGAGAAAAGGCCUUUCCCCUUAUUGUUUCCCCUCAUGGGGGCCCACACGCUGUCUUUGAUGCUCGUUGGCGGCCAGCCAUGGCGUGUCUCUGUCGGCUGGGCUUUGCUGUGCUCAUGGUAAACUACAGGGGCUCCCUGGGUUUUGGCCAGGCCAGCAUUGAUUCACUCAUUUCCCAUGUGGGCAUACAAGACGUGGAAGAUACUCAGCGGGCAGUAGAAGUGGCAUUGCAGAUGGAGCCCCUGGACCCAAACAGAAUUGCCUUGCUGGGAGGGUCUCAUGGUGGCUUUAUUUGUUGCCAUUUGAUUGGUCGGUAUCCAGAGAGGUACAAAGCCUGUGCAGUCAGAAGCCCUGUCAUCAACACGGCCACUCUGCUGGGAACCUCUGACAUCCCUGAUUGGCGUUUCUCAGCUUUAGGUCUUCCGUACUGCUUUGAGCAAAUUCCUACUGCAGAAGAUCUGGCUGCCAUGCUGCUCAGCUCCCCCAUAACUCAUGCUGCAAAGGUGCAAGCACCGGUACUACUGUGUGUGGGUGCCAGGGACCGACGAGUGUCUCCAUACCAAGCUGUGGAAUAUUAUCGUGUGCUACGAGCCAGAGGCAUCCCUGUGCGACUGCUGUGGUAUCCAGAAGAGAAUCAUGCCAUAAAUGGAGUGGAGGCUGAAGCCAAUGUCUUCAUGAACUCUGCGCAGUGGAUCAUGCAUUACCUCUCUAUGGAAGCAGGUGUUGAGGUUCAGCAGCCAGCUGAAAGUCCAGACGUCUAAACUGAGGAGAAGCAAACAAUCUGUGGAGUCUGUGGAGAUGCUUUUCCUUGACAAAAACACUACCAGAUAGAUCUCGUCAUCACAGCAUGGCAGGAAGUGUCCCUCGCCCUGCAACAUUCACUCCAGUGGCUGGUUUUCGAAGGCGCUGCUGAAGCUCUGAUACUGUUUUGAUGAAAUCUGCUGAGCAUGGUGUAGCAGCCUAUAGAGACUGAAUUCGGAUGUAAAGCUGCCUUCGAAACACUGGUGUUGCAGCUGAAGCAUCUGGCCUAGGGCUCUGUGGGGCAUUCUGUCCUGCCCAGCAAGUUGAACUUGGCUCGUCUCUCUGUUUGCUUAAAGGCUAAACAUAUUCAUAUGCAUUUGUUGUAUAUUAAUCCUACUGUUCAGGCUAUAACUGUUCCUCCAAGUUAAAAAAUAAAAAUACCAACAAAGGAAAGAGAAAAAACGGCCUGCAGUUGAGCUUAAGUCUUAAAAAUAAGUAAAAGGGGCAGUGUUUUUGAAUACAUAUGGAAUAUGGGUGCUUGAUUAAGCAGCAAAUGCCAUUUAGUGUUGAAGAGUAAGGAACAAUCAUUUAUAUAAUUUCAGUAUUCAUUACUGAAAUUAAAAACAAACAAUAAUGUUGUUUUCUAGUAUUCCCUAAAAAAUAAAUAAACGCACACACACGCAUGCGCGGACACACACACCGUAGGAAGACAAAUUUUGGCUAAUGUUACUAACUGCAUACUUAGAAGAAAGAAAAAUCAGGACAGGGAGGAAGGAGAAGGUCAUCCUGCAUUCUUCAUAGAAUUUAAGAGGGAAAUGGGACAAUUAAAAAAAAGACAAAAGAUUGUGGGACCUUAAACAACAUCUAGUUUAA